AUGGAACAAGUUCUUCAACUUGACCCACGCCUCAUGGGCGGUGGUGUCGGGUUCCAAGAUGCGGAGGCAGAGAUCGUCGGAAAUGGAUUGGUAGAUCCAUUGGAGGACGUCAACCAGUUGGCGUCGGUAUCAUCGUUGGGUUUCUGGGAUGGGUCAAAAUGGUAUUGGAGCCUAGAUUGGAAGAGAGCCCUUCGACCCCGGGAUGUAGAAGACCUGGACCACCUUCUCUCUAUAGUGGGUCAUGUCUCGCUGGAUGUUAGUAGUAGCGACAAGUUCAUCUGGGCCCCCGAUAAAAAUGGGCGCUUCUCGGUUAGCUCAAUCACGAAAGAGCUGGACAAAACCUCCCCCAUGGUUUCAUCUGACAUUUUCAAGAGUCUAUGGAAGGGUCUUGUCCCCCAUAGAAUCGAUAUUUUUGUUUGGUUUGCCCUUAUGGGUAAGCUAAACACAAAAGGGAAGCUUGUAAGGUUGUCUAUCAUCCCUCCCUCCGAAGCUUCAUGUAGUUUCUGCAAACAACAUAUUGAAGAUGAAGAGCAUCUAUUUAUUCAUUGCGAGCUCUCGAGGAAAUUGUGGUAUUGGUGGUUCGCUCUUUGGGAUAUUUCAUGGGUCCUUCCGCGGUCAUUGAAGGAUCUUUUUUUGCAAUGGAACAAUUGCCAUGCAGAUUGCUUUUUUAAGAAAGUAUGGAAAGCCACCUUUUGCAUCAUUUUGUGGACCCUAUGGAAGGAGCGUAAUGCUCGGGUUUUCAGCAAUAUUGUAUGCUCUGAUAAACAGCUUCAAGACAUGGUUCUACUUCGUUUAUGCUGGUGGAUAAAGGGAUGGCAAGAUCCCUUCCCAUAUUCAAGCAAUGAGGUGAUGCUAAACCCAAAAUGCCUUAAAGGCUGCCUAGCUGCGGGAAGGAAUGUCAAUCCAGCUCCUAGUCAUGAAAUUCCCCUUUGGAGCCCUCCGCCUCAAUCCUCAUUUAAAUGGAACACUGACGCAUCUCUAGACCCGAUCCGAAGUCGAAGUGCCAUUGGAGGUGUCCUUCGUGACAGCUUCGGAAACUUCAUGUGCAUUUUUUCAUGUCCCAUUCCUCAUCUUGAGAUCAAUUCUGCUGAGGUGUAUGCGUUGUUCCGGGCUGUGAAGAUCUCUCUCUCCUCUCCUUUAAUAAACUCCAACCACUUAAUUUUUGAGUCGGAUUCAGCGAACGCAGUAAAAUGGUGCAAUGAAAGAAGUGGGGGUCCAUGGAAUUUGAACUUCAUGCUGAACUUCAUAAGAUCAGCCAUUCAUUCGCAUCUCAAUGCAAAAAUCAUCCACAAAGGAAGGGGCUCGAAUGCUGUGGCAGAUGCUUUAGCGAAGAGUGGUAUUAGAAGAGAAAAUGACUUCAUGGCUUGGUUAUAA